AUGGGAUGCAUCAAAUCCAAGAAUGCCUUUGCAGGUUCAAACGCUCUCCAGGAUGAGCGCAUCACGGGAGGUAACGAAGGCUGCACCGGGGAGAAGUCCUCGCUGAUAGGAGCCAAGGCGGAUGACAAAGGUCCUUCCAGCACCAUAGUGCUGGACUAUGCACAUCGCCUCUCGCGGGAGAUCCUCGACCAGGCGGUGAAGCAGUGGGCAGUGACUGAGAGUAAAUACAGCGACAUCCCCUUCAUCGAGAGCGAUGUGCCCUGA